AUGUCGGGAAUAUCUGAAAAAUCAACAAUCCCCAGGGAGUCAACGUCUGAUACCCUCAAUGUCCCCAACCAUAGUAUUUUCAAUGGCUCCGAGGGAACCCCAUUCAACGAAGAUAAAGCCGCAAGAGAACAUGGGGUUACCAGAACCACCGCACAGGUCCCCCCUCGAGAUAUAGGGGGUAUCAGAUGGGCAAUCGUUGUUCUUUCUAUCCUGAGUUCGACCUUUCUUUUUGCCCUCGACAAUACGAUCGUUGCCGAUAUUCAACCUGUCAUCGUCACCCAAUUCAAUUCGGUUGCAAAGCUCACCUGGCUAAGUGUUGCUUUUCUUAUUGGCGCAGCUUCAACCAAUCUGUUUUGGGGUAAAAUCUUUGGGCAGUUCAAUGCGAAAUGGAUGUACAUCUUUUGUGUUUUUCUGUUCGAAGUUGGAUCGGCUGUAUGUGGCGCUGCACCAACGAUGGAUGCAUUGAUUAUCGGACGUGCUAUUUGUGGCGUUGGUGGAUCCGGAAUGUAUGUUGGUGUAAUGACUUUGCUCGCUGCCACGACUACGAUCCACGAGCGACCAAUGUAUGUUGGCGGGACUGGUCUUACCUGGGGCCUUGGAACUGUAGGUUAUCGACGCUUGUUGUCUGGAAUCUCGCUAAUUGCCUCAGGUGCUUGGUCCGAUCAUUGGUGGUGCUUUCGUUGAGAGUUCUGCUGGAUGGAGAUGGGCAUUCUAUAUCAAUCUAUGCAUUGGUGCGGUUUGCGCCCCCGUUUAUCUCUUCAUGCUACCAAGCAAAGAUCCACGCCCAGGAGUCAGUUUGAAGAACAGGUGCAAAGAGCUGGACUACUUGGGAGGAUUCCUUACCAUCGCAGCCUUUGUCUUGGGAGUUAUGGCUUUAUCGAUGGGAGGUGUUACAUGGCCAUGGAAUGAUGGAAAAGUGAUUGGGAUGUUUGUCGCAUCUGGAAUACUCUUCAUCUUGCUCGGAUUUCAACAAGUCUAUUCCAUCCUCACCACUCCCACACGACGCAUUUUCCCCAUCGAAUUCUUCAAAUCACGAACCAUCUUAAUAUUGUUCGCUAUGACAGCAGCGGGCGGUACAGCAAUCUUCAUACCCAUUUACAUGAUCCCUAUUUUCUUUCAAUUCACCCGUGGUGAUGGCGCUCUAGAAGCUGGUGUCCGUCUUCUUCCAUUCAUCAUGCUUAUGAUUUUCGCUGUCAUCGCAAAUGGAGCUAUUCUCUCCGCCUGGGGAUACUAUAUGCCUUGGUACCUAGCAGGUGGCAUUAUUGUUGUCAUUGGUGGGGCACUUAUGUACACCGUCGACACUGAAACGUCCAUUGCUAGAGUAUACGGUUAUACCAUCUUGAUCGGGUUCGGAGAUGGUCUCUUUGCUCAAGCCUCAUUUUCCGUGGCUCAAGCUAUUGUUGCUCCUGAAAACAUAGCCAUGGCAGUCGGAUUCAUCACUUGUGCGCAAGUAUCUGGAGUCACUAUUGCGCUUGCUAUCGCUAACUCGGUUUUCCUCAAUAAGUCGCAAAGUUCAAUUUCGAGAAUCUUGCCUGGUGUUCCCGUGAUGCAAAUCCAAGCAGCUAUUGCAGGAGCUGGAAGCAAUUUUGUUGAAAGUUUGACUCCGCAGGUGAGAGCCGAGGUUCUCAAUGCAAUUGUGGCUGCACAAAGUCAAACUUAUAUUCUUGUUAUCACUGCUGGGGCUUUGGCUGCCAUUUUAAGUUUGGGGAUGAAGAGGGAAAAAUUGUUUAUGGCGCCUGGUCAUGUUGGCUGAUCAUUUGUGGCUAUGUUUUAUAUAAUAUCAUUGCGUACCUGUAAUUUGUUGUUUGACGUUGGCUAUGAGGCCUGCCAUUCAACGUAAUUUUAUCACGAGCACUAUUUUGAC